GGAGGUUGGAGCGGACGGGAUGGCGUCUCGUCACACGCGCCGCGCAGAGGAAAGCCCCCAAGAUGGCGAUGCUGGCAGAGCCCCGUAGAAGACAAAAGUGGUCUGUGGAUCCACGAAACAGUGCUUGGAGUAAAGAUGAAUCUAAAUUUGGACAGAAGAUGCUGGAAAAGAUGGGCUGGUCCAAAGGAAAGGGUCUUGGAGCUCAGGAGCAAGGAAAUACAGAACAUAUCAAGGUCCAGGUGAAAAACAACAUGCUGGGGUUAGGAGCAUCCAUCAAGUAUGAGGACAACUGGAUUGCUCAUCAGGAUGACUUCAACCAGCUCCUGGCUGAACUGAAUGAUUGCCAUGGACAGGGCGAAACAGAAUCCUCAGUGACUAAUCAGAAGAAGACAUUUAAUCUUGAGGAAAAAUCAAAAUCCUCUAGGAAGCGUGUCCACUACAUGAAGUUUGCAAAAGGUAAGGAUCUCUCAUUGCGCAGUGAGGAUGACCUGUCCUGCAUCUUUGGGAAGCGACAGAAGAGUGUGAAGACACAGGACGAGGCUACUGAUGCUGAGUCUCAGGAAGAGAAGCACAGAGGCUCCUGGCUCUCUGAGUCUACAGACAGUGCCAAUAUUGUGAAGAGUGUUCUCACUGUCCAAGAAUAUUUUGCCAAGCGCAUGGCAAAACUGAAAGGAUCCCAGAAUGAAGCAGAAACAAAGUUGGAUGGUUUGGAUGGUUGCUGCCCUACAGCAGAAGCUACCUUGGAGCUUUCAGAAGGACUGAAAACUAAAGCCAAGAAGAAAAAGAAGAAGCAGAAGAGAGAUGAGGCAGAGAGUACAGAGCACUGUGAGAAGCCACGAGGGAAAAAGUGUAAGAUAAGUAGCUUGAAUGGGAAGGAACUGGAUGCUCCUUUAAAUGAAUGUCACUCGAGGAAAAAGAAAAGGAAACAUAAAGGGCAGCAUGAUGGGGAAAGCAUUAGUUGCGAUGAAAAUAUGGGUGAUGGAGAAAUGUAUAUGGGAGUAUCUGAUGGGGAAGAUCCCAGCGUUGAGGACUCUGAGGCAAUGCAAAAGAAACACCGUAAGAAGAAGCACAAAAAGCAAAAAGAGGAGGAAGAGGAGUGCACUGAAGGGAUGCAGAGAAAGAAAAAGAAGCGCUGCAAGUAGGUUUAACUGUCUGUGAGUCAAACUGAGACUGUGAGGUGACUUGAACUUUAUCGUGCUGGAUGAGGAGCCUACAUAAGCACCAGCCAGCCAUCAAGUUGUAAUUAAGUCCUGAGUACACCUGAGCUCUUCAUCCUACCAAAACCACAGAUUGUGUUUAAAUAUAGCUCUUACAAGGGGGCUGAGAACACUGUGACAGGCCAGCAUGAGCUUCAGUGCCAUUUUAAAUGUAUCCAUGUAUGGGGCCAAGAACUGCAUGGCUACAAAUCAUAGAAUCACAGAAUGGCUUGGAUUGGGAGGAACCUCGAAGAUCAUGAAGCUCCAACCCCUGCCACAUG